CAGUCAGUUCCUGCUGUUUGGGCCUCAGCAUGCUGAGAUGAGUGUCAGGAGGAGGCUUCGCAAAGAUGUGCUGUAUUCUGAUUAUGAGGUAGGGAAAGGAAUCUCUACAGCUGAGGAAGGAGGCGUUUGCUGAGCACAAUGAAGAGAAACUAAAAGAAGUGAGUGGACUUGUUUCCCUUUCUAUAAGCUUGGAAUGCUGUGAAUCUUGCUGCGACCAGUUCAGCAUAGGAAGGAAGUGGAUGAGAUUUCCAUGCAUUUGUGAAUAAUUUGUUGGCCAGGUCAUCGUUUCUGAGUCAUGGCUGUUUCAACAAUGACUGGCAUCACCACUGCUCCCACCAGCCCCAGUCAUAUCACAGCAACUACUGUUCUAUCUACAGCUGAGCCUAACAUCAUUGAAAGUCUUAUUAACAAAAUCCCAUUGCCCAGAUGGGCUCUCAUAGCUAUUGCUGUUGCAGUGGGUUUAGUUCUCCUUCUGAUCCUCAUCUGCAUCAUUAAAUGCUGUUGCUGCAGGAAGAAACGCAAGAAAAAGGAAAAACUCAACUUGGUUAGCAUCAAUGGCUCUUCUACCGCAGCUAGUCUGGUUCAGCCUGAUAUGGAAGAUAUAGAGUGUGGCCUAGAAGAUGAGAAACGCGGACGGCUGCAAUAUUCCCUGGAAUAUGACUUUCGUAGCCAGGAGAUGAAAGUUGGAGUAAAACAGGCAGCAGAUCUGAAGGCAAUGGACAGUGGAGGUACUUCUGAUCCCUAUGUGAUUGUCUAUCUAACAUCUGAUAUGAAGAAGAAGUAUGAAACAAAGGUUUACCGUAAGACACUCAACCCCAUUUUCAAUGAGAGCUUCAUUUUUCAGAUACCUCAGACAGAGGUAGCUGAAUCCACCCUGGUGAUGCAAGUGUAUGAUUUCAAUCGUUUUUCCAAACAUGACAUCAUUGGUGAGAUGCGGCUGCCUCUUGGGGAUGUUGACUUGCAACAUGUCAUUGAGCAAUGGCAUGAGCUCACUGCAGCCAGCAAGAUCGAGCAAGAGCGUCUUGGGGAGAUUUGCUUUUCACUCAGAUAUGUACCCAGCACGAGCAAAUUAACCGUGGUCAUCUUAGAAGCCAAAAAACUCAAGCAGAUGGAUGCUCAUGGAUUGUCAGAUCCAUAUGUCAAAGUGCAACUUACUUUGAACAAAAAGAAAUGGAAGAAAAAGAAGACAAGUAUAAAGAAAAACACAUUAAGUCCCUACUUCAAUGAGGCAUUUGUUUUUGAAGUGCCCUUCAAUUUGAUUCAGAAUAUCGACUUGGUGAUUUCAGUCUGGGAUCAUGAUAAAAUGACCAAGGAUGACCAGAUUGGCAAGGUGUUCUUGGGCUGCAGAGCUACAGGCAACCAGCUGCGUCACUGGUCAGAUAUGCUAGCCAAUCCCCGCAGGCCUGUUGCACAGUGGCACAGCCUGCAGCCAGUGGAAGAUGUGGACAAAACCUUGGGGUUGAAGACUCGCUUCAAGCUGCCAAUACCCAGUGGCUAAAACAGAAGAGAUCUCUCUAGUCAUCUCCAGUUGGCAAGAGAAUAAUCCAUACAGUCUAGGAUGAAAGGACAAGUUUGCAAAAUAGGCUGAUUACCCAAAUGGCUAAAGAUAAUAAUGGUUUGUGCUGUGUAACAUCUGGAUCUUUUAGAGAUGUAACUAAAAGUAUUCUCAGCACAAAAAUUAACCCAGGAUCAAGCAAAGGGCAAUUUAUUCUGUCUGCAAUGCUCCAUCUUGGAAGGAAUCCAAUCUUUCUGGCUGAUGGUAGUUCGUAUGUGGUAGUUCUGCUACAUGAUGUGGCCACUCAAGAUUAGAUUUAAAGCCAUGGUGUUAACUUGUGUGGAGGGUAGCAUGCAUACUUGGAUCAAUUGUUUUUACUAGGCCUAAAGAGAAGAGAACCAUUCAGACGUAAACAUAAUUUCAGUCAUUAUCAUUAUCCAUGUUAAUACUUUACCAUUUACAAUAAUUAAUAAAGGGUUUGUUAAA